GUGAAGUCGCAGUCCUGCCAUUACUCAAGAUGGCUGCCCCCAUCAAGAUGACCGGGGAGUGCCGGGGGAAAAGGGGCAGCACAGUGGUCUGAGACGGUCUACCCUCGGACCAUGCGGAAGUUUCUGGGACUAGGGAUCUGGCUGAUGGGGGGUGGGGUCCGUGGGAGCUAGAAGGAGCAAAGCUCCCAUUCCCAAGCUAGCCGCGGCCCCUUUCCCGUUCCCUGGACUGAAAUGGGGAACACGUUAGGCCUGGCACCGAUGGGGGCCUUGCAUCGCCGGAGCCCCCGUCGAGAGGAACCUCUGCCCAACCCUGGAAGCUUCGAUGAGCUGCACCGGCUAUGCAAAGAUGUAUUCCCAGCACAGAUGGAGGGAGUGAAGCUCGUUGUCAACAAGGUUCUGAGCAGCCAUUUCCAGGUGGCUCACACUGUGCACAUGAGUGCCCUUGGCUUGCCUGGCUAUCACCUCCAUGCGGCCUACGCAGGGGACUGGCAACUUAGCCCCACUGAGGUGUUCCCGACUGUGGUAGGGGACAUGGACAGCAGUGGUAGCCUCAACGCCCAGGUCCUGUUCCUCCUGGCAGAGCGGCUCCGAGCCAAGGCUGUCUUCCAGACACAGCAGGCCAAGUUCCUGACUUGGCAGUUUGACGGCGAGUACCGGGGAGAAGACUACACAGCCACCCUGACCCUCGGAAAUCCUGACUUGAUUGGGGAAUCAGUGAUCAUGGUCGCUCACUUCCUGCAGAGCCUCACUCAUCGGCUGGUGCUGGGAGGAGAGCUGGUUUACCACCGGCGACCAGGCGAAGAGGGUGCCAUCCUCACUCUGGCGGGGAAGUACUCUGCUGUGCACUGGGUAGCUACAUUGAAUGUGGGAUCAGGUGGGGCCCAUGCAAGUUAUUACCACAGGGCAAAUGAACAGGUUCAGGUUGGAGUGGAGUUUGAGGCAAAUACAAGGUUACAAGACACAACCUUCUCUUUUGGCUACCACCUGACUCUGCCCCAGGCCAACAUGGUGUUUAGAGGGUUGGUGGAUAGUAACUGGUGCGUGGGUGCUGUACUGGAGAAGAAGAUGCCCCCCCUACCCGUCACCCUAGCCCUUGGGGCCUUCCUCAGUCAUUGGCGCAACAGAUUCCAUUGUGGCUUCAGCAUUACUGUGGGCUGAGGUUGUCCCAGAGUCCAUCUCCACAGCAGCUGCCACCUCCGAGGCAGUGCCUGAGGGCCAGAGACUAGGCCCCUCUCCAGAGCCCACCUCACUGGGUGACCUCUAGGUCCCAGGAGCAGAGUGGGGGACAGGACCAUGCCCUCUCAGAACUGGAGCUGCUAUGGGGCAGCUGAGGGCAGUGGUCUGAGGCCCCACCUCUGCCAUCGGCCCCCAUGUCCUCUUCCCAUCCUCUGUGGCUCUGGACUAAGGGAGAAAGAUUACGGGGUAUGUCUGGCUGAAUUUUACCCCCUCAUGGCCCUCCUUCAUUUCCCUGUGGAUUAAAGCUCUCUGCUUUUCCUCUUCAGAACAGAAAGUCUGCAUAGGAUUAGCUUCCCAUCCUGUUUUCCACCUCAGGCUGAGAAUGAAGGGCUAAAUCUCUGACCUCAGAAAGUGGGGUCCACCUAUCCCCAGAAAGAGUUUCUAUAUCCCUUAGCCCCGAGACUUUCUCCUUCCCUAUCUUCCGUAUUUCCAGAGAACAACUGUGUCCCCAGGGUCACCUCCCUGUACCCCCACCCCUGCCAUGACCGCAUGAAGAGGCAGUUAUUGCUUUAGUCUUUUUUUCAUUGCAACCCCAGGCUCCCUUCCUGCUGGUCUCAACCUCUGGCCCCAGCAUCUUCCCUGUUCCAGUCUGUUGUGUCCAGAUGGGCUGGGGAUGAACAGUCAGGCCUCAGCUGCAGAUCUCCUGGAGCAGUGGCAUCAUAGCAGACAGCCCCUGGAUGUGCUGGAUCUGGUACCCAUAUGCAUUAUUGAUGCUCCGGAGCUCAGCCAGCAGGCCCAACAGUUUCGCAUACAGAAACCUUUGGAGGAAGUAGUGGAGUCAUUAGGGAAAGAGGAUGAAAAUAGGGGGACUGAGAGUCUGGUCCUGAGGUCCCUACCCCUCAGUGAAGCUAAAUAUGAACAUGAAAGAAAAUCAUGCUCUGGUAUAUAACACAUUUAUCAGAGGUUCCCAUGUCUUCUUUCACCAUGCCCAGAUUUUCUGGAGCCCAGAACUCUGAAGGCCAAAUGUGAAGGAAGCCGCAGGCUUGAACAGAACAUUAACUGUAUGGAAUCGUAGGGUUUGACCUUCUAGAGCAGGUUCUAGAAAGGGGUUCUAGAAGGUGGGUGCAUUCUAUGGCAUGAAGCACCCUUCUUCUGACCAAUCUAGUGGGCAAGAAAGAUGUGGAACAUACUCCAGGGCUGAUAGGUCAAGGACUGUUGAGCCAGAGGUUGGCUUUGGCCAUGAAACUGUAUGACCAUAACUUCAAGGGGAAUAAAAAAUGAAAGGAACUGGCCCAUGGGAAAGGGAGAAGGGCCAUGGAAAGAGAAUGAAAGCAACUCUCAGGAGAGUUGGAUGUUGAGGAACUGCCUGUCUUGGUCUCAGGAAUGUUGUCAUAAAGAGCCUGUGAGCUACUUUGCAUCUAUUGAAUAAAAAAAAAAAUCUGGAAAAAGUGAGAUGAAGAAGCAGUAGAGCAAUUUGGAUGUUGGAACUACAUGACAUGGGAGGGAAGCACUAAACCCCCAAGAAAGUGGGUUUCCCAAAGAAAAGGACAGUGAAAAGGCAUCUAUUCUGAGCUCAGGGUUCGUCUGGCUCUGGGUAGCCCCCAUCUCCCUGUCUCCGACCUGCCUCCAUCUCCCACUGUACCGGUUCCGGGGCCUGGGCGGCUGGCCUCUGAUGUAGCUCUGCAGAGUCAGGGCCAUCUCCUCCUGUAGCUGAUCAAUCUCUUCUCUCCGGGUGACCCCGGGUCGGUCUGUAAGAUAGGGAAGUGGGAAGGACAAGGUGGGGGCUGGGGCAGGUCUACACAGUGCGCUAGGAAGCUGAGGCCACUGGAAACCCGUUUUGCAGGUUUGAAGGCUAAAACGUCUGGGAUGGAUGGAUUCAAGGAGCGGAGAGUGUGGGUAGUGGUAGCAGAACAGAAGAGGGCUUUGAGGUAUGCUCACCAGGAGAGAACAGGGACAUGGCUGCCAUGAGCACGUAUUCGGGCUCCUGCAGCUGCAGCCGCCGCAGUGUCCCAUGGAAGCGAAAGAGCAACUCCAGGAACUCUUCCUGGAACCCCGCUGUGGGAGACACUAGGCUUAGGCCCCUCCAGGCCAUCUCGGCACACACCAUCCCACAAGGACACCUGCCUUUGGCUGUCUAGCACUGCUCACCAUGAGCUCCGUCUUUUAUCGUGUAGCGAAGAGGCCCACAGAGGAAGUUCUGAGUUUGGAGGCAGAAAGUGGUAUUGAGUGCGAUGUGACAGAUUUCUACAGCUGCCCCCUUGAGGAGGGAGAUCUGGUCCUCUAUGGGCAGGGACCUUGGAAAAAAAGAAAACAAGGCACUUAAGACUCUUGCCUGAACUUCAGAAGUGGAGAGGAAUCCCAGUCCUAACCGAGACACAUGAAAACAAAGCUGGGAAUCCAAGAGUGGUGUUUGGGAAGCCUGAGGGAUGAGUUUGGUCAGUGCCCUUUUGGGCGUAAUGGGGGCUAUUAUUGACCAGGUAUGUGUUUUCUUCCAAAAGCUAAGGGAAGGUCACUCACCGGAAGAGGGGCAGGUCCUUGGUGAACUUGAUAACUUGCUUGACCAUGAAAGUGUUGAUGUCUGCAAAGUGUGCAAGCAGGGGGAGUACCGGGCCCAGGGUGUGCAAGGGCUGCUGAUGGACGAACAGAUGAGCUGGAGGCUGCAGAGAUCACAGCCUGAGCAAGAGGCCCAGCCCUGGGGCUCGCCUUUAGGCCUCGCCAGCCUCAUCUUGGAGAGCUCCUCAUCAUGGAGCUUGCCUAGGCUGGGGUC